UGUGCGCUCUAAAUGCUACAAAGACGGAACUUUGUCCCCACCGGACACUUGUCAACACAAAGAUCAAGAUCGACGACCUCGAUUAAGUGAUUGCGAGUGAUCUAUGAUCUUUUGCACCUGAUAACAUGUAUGGAUGACACAUACAUUCACAACGAAGGUUCGCUCUCUCAGAUGGUUGGGUACCUGCCAGAAAACACGUCAGCAGUCGGAGAAAGGUGAAACUGAUUACAGGACUGAUUAAUGUUCCGACUGCACCAACUGGAGAUACACAGACCCUUUCGACAUCUUGUGUCCACCAAAGCAAAGUGUCAAGUAUCCGACCAGCCUCCACCGAGAUUUGCCACAUUUAUUCGAGGCGGCAUGAAGCUGAAGCAGUUUGUACACCUUCAGGUGUUUGAACUCUUCUAUCUCCUCGUCCUUGCCUUCCUGCCCUUCAUUGUGGCCCAGAAGGUGGUCGGUCUUACUAUCCUGACCGUUAUUGGAGUCUUCGGCUUCUGCUAUAUCUUCAAGAAGUUGCUGACAAAGACCAUUGAAAUCACAGGCCAGGCAGUUCUCAUAACUGGUUGUGAUUCAGGAUUUGGCAAUGCUAUUGCAAGGAGACUGGACAGCAUGGGCUUCCUGGUGCUUGCUGGCUGUCUGUCGGAGAAGAGCGAUGGUGCUGAGAGACUCAAGGCCAGUGGUUCCGGCCGGAUUCAUGUGUUUGAGCUGGAUGUGACCAAUGACUACAGUGUUGAGAGCUGUCUGGAGAGGGUCAAUCAGCUGACCAGUGAGAGAGGACUGUGGGCCCUGGUAAACAAUGCUGGAAUCAACUUUGAGGGUGACUUUGAGUUCUGCACACUGGACAUGUUCCGGCAGGUGAUGGAAGUCAAUCUUUACGGAGCUAUUCGCAUGACCAAAGCAUUUCUUCCUCUCAUUAGACGAGCUAAAGGUCGUGUUAUAAAUGUGAGCAGUGCCAAAGGUCAGCUGGCCGCCCCCAACAACUCUGUCUAUGGUGUCACCAAAUUUGGACUUGAAUCACUGUCCGAUGUUUUGCGGCUAGAGAUGAGUCAGUUUGGCGUCAAGGUUGUGGUCGUUGAGCCUGGCAACUUUGGUGGUGCAACUGGCAUGCUCAGCAAACCUACUCUGACAAGAAUGCGAGAUGAAUAUGACGAGAUGUGGGAGAAGGCCUCCAGUGAUGUGAAGGAGACGUACGGCAAGGCAUACCUAGAUGCCAAGUAUGAUGCCUUUGCGCAGUCCGCCUCCACCACAUGCUCCACCCUGGCGCCAGUCAUUGAUGCCCUGGAGGACUCGGUCUGUAACGUUAAGCCCCUUGCCAGAUAUCUAGUCAGCGGCAGCAACAAGUGGUUUGACUAUUUUGUUAUUUUAAUCUACUUGAAAACUAUCCUGCCAGUCAGCUGGAUUGACUCACUUAUCAUCAAGCAAUUCAUCAAGCCAUACCCCAGAGCAGCACAGGCUGUGAGAUGAACACCGCAGCCAUCAUCACCAUGGAAAACAGUUAUUCGUUUGUUAUGUAUUAUCAUUUUUCAUCCUCGCUAUCCUACUGACUUCAUAUUUAUUAAAAUCAUAGUGUCAGGUUGUAAUGGGAUUGCUUGGCCAUGCAUACCUUGAUGUAAUAUAGUGACAAUCACCAUAUUGAUCACCAGUGGAAAAACGUUUUAUCACUAUGGUAUUCGAGAACCUAAGACAAUGUUUUAUCUAACUUACAGGAUUCAGUGUUGAUUCUAAUCAUUUGCAGUUUCUCAAUCAAACUUUCUAGUCAGUGUUUUUCGUUAUUUACUUGAUGGAUGAAAAAAGAUCGACCUGUAUUCAUUCAUUCACCUAUUGAGAAACAGAUUUGUACUUUUGUUUAUUCAGUCAGUCUUUGUGGGUUCACUGCUUCCCUUCUUAUACAACACAAUAUGGACUCUUUCCUCCCACAUUCAGCCUCCAUGUUGUAACGGGGCGGUUGGGUAGCCUGGUGGUUAAAGCGUUCGCUCGUCACGCCGAAGACCCGGGUUCGAUUCCCGACAUGGGUACAAUGUCUGAAGCCCAUUUCUGGUGUCCCCCGCCGUGAUGUUGCUGGAAUAUUGCUAAAAGCGGCGUAAAACCAUACUCACUCACUCACUCAAUGUUGUAACAGGAACACUGUUUAAGUGGCGGUAAACCAACUCACUCACUCCAUGUGAAUUCCUUGUCAGUUGAUUGCAGUAUUUGCAAGGCAUGUGUAAUGUCAACAUGCCUUCAACAGAAAUUUUCCAAAUCUUUUCAUGUUUUCAAUCAAGGUGCUCACGUGAUCUGAUGCACUUUGCGAAGUGUUACAAUAUAGAGCUUGAUUAUCGAUCAGUUCAUCAUCACUGGGUGCCACCAUUUUGUUUGAAGGAAAUGCAAGUGAAGUGGAAUCUGAUUGGUCAAUAGGAGGGACAUAGAAGGGACAUAAAUGGUAAUAGCCAGUGGUGGCACUAUGAUUGAGCCCAGAAAUUCCACCCAUAGUUCCGCAAAUGUUGAAGCUGGACUUUUACAGUUGGUUGUCUGGUCGAAACUCGAUUUAUAACAGGCCAUGUGAUACAGCUGGAAUAUUGCUGAGUGUGACACUAAUCAUGAAAGGAACCAACCAACCAUUGAAGUUAUCACCCUGCAGGUGAUGUGGGUAGUCUUGAAGAGGGCUAAAACCAUUUUCGGGAUAGUCAUUAUAUUGUCGGAGGAGAAAUGCAAAAUUCAUGUUACUAGUCAAAUCCUGUAUAUUUAAUGUAUUUAAGGGGUGAUAAUGCUAUCACAUGCUAUACUUGCCUAUACUUGCUAAUAAACCCAGCCUUACUAUACUGA